CUCCUUACAGACCAAACAUGUAGUAUACCUUUGAAAUUUCCAACUCAUCCACAGUCAAGUAAACCUCCCAUUCCAUUAUAUAAUAGACCCCUGAAGUUAAUCUUUUUACUCUCCGUUUCCUACUCAACCUUCCGCUCGCCCACUUCUCCGAUCGAUAGCACUAUUCCUCCUCAACAUCCACUCUUUAGGGGUGGGGGAUAAAAAAAAAAAAAAAAAAAAAAAAAAAAAAAAAAAAAAAAAAAAACCUUCUUCCUUCAGGCUUUAUAUUGGAAAGCUUUCAUUUGGGUUUAAGAAUUUUUGUAUUAAAAAAAAAAAAAAAAGAAGAACGAAAAAGAGAGGGAAAAAAAAUUGGGUGAAGCGAGAGAAACCCUAGAUGGGUUUUUACUUUGAAAAAAACAAAAAAAAUUUGAGUGAAAUUUAGGGUUUAGUUUUGAGAGAUUCGGUUCUGAUUGGGAAUUGGGAGAAAGAUUUGGGCUCGGAAUCUGAAUUAGACUGGGGUUUUUGCAGAGAGCAGCCGAUUUGGGGAAGACCGUGGAAGCUUGCGAGAGAAAGAAAACCCUAAAAGUACUCCCCCAAACAUCCUUAUCCGGUAGCAGGUCAAAAAUCUGUGUUUUCAACGGUCGAAAGUUUUGCCAGUCCAAAAUUUUGGAUUUUCAAGGGCUAAGAUUUUCUCGCAUCAGUACGAUCGCGUAUCCUAGUAUAUGACCCCGAAGCAAUUCCAAUGGCUUUUAAUUCGCUGAAGGAUUCACCUACUGGACCGAGGGAGCUGACUGGUGCUGUAGAUCUUAUAAGUCACUACAAGUUGCUGGCACAUCAUGACUUUUUCUGCAAGCGAUCACUUCCUUUGUCAAUUUCGGACACACACUAUCUUCACAAUGUGGUGGGAGACACAGAAAUCAGGAAAGGAGAAGGAAUGCAAUUGGAUCAACUUAUUCAGAGUACAUCAUAUUCCAGAGAUGUUAAUACACGGGUUCAGCCUUUUGACCUAGCAACUCUUGGAGAGGCCUUCCAGCUUAGAGAAAGUGCUCCAAUUGAUUUGCCACCUGCAGAGAAGGGGAUUCCAACUAUUGCAGGAAAAUCAAAGAGUGAGUCCAAAGACAAAGACAGGAAACAUAAAAAGCGCAAGGACAGAGACAAGGAGAAGGACAAAGAGCAUAAGAAGCACAAACACCGUCGCAAAGAUCGAAGUAAAGAUAAAGACAAGGAAAAGAAGAAGGAUAAAAGCGGGCAUCAUGAUUCUGGUGCCGAUCACUCAAAGAAGCACCAUGAAAAGAAAAGAAAGCAUGAUGGAGAUGAAGAUUUUAAUGAUGUUCACAGGCACAAAAAAAGUAAGCACAAAAGCUCAAAAAUUGAUGAAAUGGGUGCAAUUAAGGUAGCAGGCUGAAAUGUUGGCAAGCAAAUACUUCUUUUUGUUUUCACCAGAUGGUAGUUGUGUAGAGUUUUGGAGGUUCUAUCAUCAAAUUGUGAAUUGUUCCAGAAUGACAAGAAAUUCUGAGCUUAUAGCAGUGGGAAUAACCCAAGCCAAACAAAGGAAGGAAGGAUAUUACUAUGUUUAGCUUCUGAACUGACUUAGGAUGACAAGGAAGGUGAAUUCACCUCUUGAGAAAUAGUGGAUUGAAGCAGUCACAUAAUUAGGGCUUAUAUGGAAUGUGCAGAUGACCCUCUCCUCACAGCCUGUACAAGUGAAAGUGAAUAGUUUCUUUGAUAAGAAAAAAGAGGGGGCGGGGGGUUAAAAAAGGAAAUAUGCUUAGUGAUCGGGUAAAAUCCAUGUUUUUUACCUACCAACUUUUGUCCCUAAAGGGUAGCAAGUUUGUGAGGAUUCAAGAAUUGAGGUCUAUGUAAGAUCUUUAUGUAUACAAAAACUAGAACUAGAUGCAGUGUUGUUUUUAGUAAGAAUUUCCAGUUAUGCUCAAUGUAAUUUUAUAUUCUUGCC